GCUCGGUUGCAGAUUGUUGAAAAAAUAAAGGCUAAAAGGGCCGAUCGAGCUCAAAUAAUAAGCCAGUUAAGAUCCCUAGGUGUUGAGAACAAACAGUUUAGGAAUAUAAUGGAUGAAAAAAGAAAAGAAAUGGAACCUCUCCAGCAGGCCCUCGGCAAGCUGAGGGGUUCCGGUGGUGGAGAGAAGGGCCCAAGCAUAUGUUCAUCUGAGGAAGAACUCAAUUAUGUUAUUAAAAGUUUACAAUACCGAAUUCAGCACGAAAGCAUUCCUCUCACCGAAGAGAAACAGAUCCUAAGGGAAAUAAAGCAACUCGAGGGCACAAGGCAAAAGGUAAUUGCAAAUGCUGCUGAGAGGGCAAGGAUUGAAGACUCGUUGGGCGAAAAAGAGGCGAUUCAGGGCCAGGUCAAAUUGAUCGGCGUUGGGCUUGAUGGUGUUCGAAAGGAAAAACAGGUGAUCAAUGCCAAGCUUAAGCAGCUAGACGAGGAAAAACUGGCUAUAGAGAAAGAUAUUAAUGUCUUGGAGGGUGAAUUGAAUGCGAUUACAGAAAAAAGGGACAAAAUAUUCGAAACGAUUAAGGAUAUGAGGAAGCAACGAGAGGAAGGGAAUUCCCCGUUUUACCAAAACCGCUCUCUCCUUACAAAAGCCAAAGCUCUGGCGGCCAACAAAGAAGUCGAUGCCCUUAAAGAGCUUUCCGAAACAGAGUUAGACAAGUUCAUGUCCCUUUGGAACUCCGACAAGUCCUUCCGAGCUGACUACGAAAAGAGGAUCUUAUCCUCGCUCGACAUGCGCCAGCUGUCCAAACCGAAGAUCGCCAAGGAAGAAGAGUCUGUGGGCCCCACAAUGGAGGAAUCGGACCCGACCGAGCAAAAGGUACAGAAACCGAACGGGGCUUCGAAGAGCAAGAAAAACGAGGUAAAUAGCAAGAAAAUCGAGGAGGAUGAGUAUUUUGUCGGGGAGGAUAAACCGAAGAAGGAAGAAGUUGACGAGAAGAAGCUGAAGGAGCAGAGAAGGGAAGAGGAGAUUGCAAAGCGCAUCCAAGCAGAGGAGAGAAAACGGAAGCUGGCGGAGAAGGCGGCAGCUAAAGCGGCGGUCAAGGCGGAGAAGGAAGCCGAGAAGAAGCUCAAGGCAAGAUUUAUUCAUUUAUUUAUUUAUUUGUUUAUUGGUUUUGUUACGAGAAAAUGGAUAGUUGCAAGGAAAAUAAUCAUCAGCUAA